ACAGUACUACCAUAUUAUAGUUUCUCAGAUCCCAAUCUGUCAGCAUACUCCAUAUUUUCUCAGCUCCUCUAGCUUAUCAUUAACAGUAAUAAUAAACUUCAAUAAUUCCAACAAUGGCACAGUUUAUCAAUGAAUCAACCAUCGAUCCAAAAUCAGGUUACUCUCUAGCAAACUCAACAUUCUACAGCAAACGUAAACCAAUUCCUUUACCACCAAACCAAUCCCUGGACGUAACAACUUUCAUAUCAUCCCGUGCCCAUAAUGGCAAAAUAGCGUUUAUUGACGCUACAACAGGGAAACAACUCACUUUCUCUGACGUUUAUAACGCCGUUGAAUCUUUAGCCACGUGUCUCUCUGUCGACAUGGGAAUUCGUAAAGGCCAUGUCAUUCUUCUGUUAUCUCCAAACUCUAUUUAUUUUCCUAUUAUAUGUCUUGCUGUUAUGUCACUUGGUGCUAUAAUUACUACAACUAAUCCACUUAAUACUAAUCAAGAAAUUGCUAAACAGAUUAAAGAUUCAAAUCCUGUUCUUGCUUUUACGAUCAGUCAGUUAUUACCGAAAUUAACUGGAUCAGGUCUACCGGUUAUUCUCAUUAAUGGUGAACAGGAUAUAGCCCACAAGGCUAGUUUUGGUAAUUUGAAGAUUGUGGGUGUUUUGGAAAAUUUGAUGAAGAGAAAGCCAUGUGAAAGUAGAUUGAAAGAACGAGUUACACAAGAUGAUACAGCUACUCUACUUUACUCUUCAGGUACUACUGGUGCGAGCAAAGGAGUGGUUUCAUCUCAUAGAAACUUGAUCGCUAUGGUUCAAACAAUUGUGGGUCGGUUCAAACUAGACGAAGGAGAACAAACUUUUAUUUGUACAGUACCUAUGUUUCAUAUUUACGGGUUAGCAGCAUUUGCAGCUGGUUUAUUAGCAUCAGGGUCAACAGUUGUAGUACUAUCAAAAUUCGAAAUGGAUGAAAUGUUGUCAUCUAUUCAUAAAUACAAAGCAGCUUAUUUACCCUUAGUGCCACCAAUUCUAGUAGCAUUAGUUAACAAUGCUGAUAUGAUAAGAAAGAAGUAUGAUUUGAGCAGUUUAAAGAAUGUUCUUUCUGGUGGUGCACCAUUGAGUAAGGAAGUAAUUGAGGGGUUUUUGGAGAAAUAUCCAAAUGUGGUGAUUUUGCAAGGGUAUGGGUUGACUGAGUCAACGGGAAUAGGGGCAUCUACGGACUCGUUAGAGGAAAGUAGGAGAUAUGGGACGGCGGGGAUUUUGUCGCCAAGCAUGGAAGCGAAAAUUGUUGAUCCGGAAAGUGGGAAGGCUUUUCCCGUGAAUAAGACUGGUGAGCUUUGGUUAAGAGGGCCUACCAUUAUGAAAGGUUAUUUCAGUAAUGAAGAAGCUACUGCUUCCACUCUAGACUCUGAAGGAUGGUUGAGAACUGGAGAUAUCUGCUAUAUAGAUGAAGAUGGUUUCAUCUUUGUGGUUGAUAGAUUAAAGGAGCUGAUCAAAUAUAAGGGCUAUCAGGUUCCUCCAGCAGAAUUAGAGGCUUUGUUGCUCACUCAUCCAGAAAUUUCUGAUGCUGCUGUUAUACCGUUUCCGGAUAAGGAGGUUGGCCAGUUUCCUAUGGCAUAUGUAGUACGAAAAUCUGGAAGUAGUAUGUCAGAGAGUGCAGUCAGGGAUUUUAUUGCCAAACAGGUGGCUCCAUACAAGAGAAUUCGGAGAGUUGCAUUUGUUGCUUCCAUACCCAAGAAUCCUUCUGGUAAAAUACUUAGGAAGGAUCUAAUAAAGCUAGCAACAUCUAAACUCUGAGAACAAAAAUUAGGAUUUUCCCU